AUGGCUCGUGAUAAUGUCCCACCAUCACGAUCCAAUCCCAGCAAAUCAGAUAAUUCAAAAUCUAAUGUCUCAAAUCCAUUCUUCACUCAUCAUUCAGACCACCCUGGAUUGGUCCUAGUUUCCAAGCCUUUGAAUGGAGACAACUACACAGGUUGGCAGAGGGCUAUGACAUUGGCUCUCAAUUCUAAAAACAAGCUCGGGUUUGUGAAUGGUUCCAUCAAAGCUCCAUCAGCCGAAUCUAACCCAAAAGGAUAUGCGACUUGGUCAAGAUGCAACGACAUGGUCCAUUCAUGGAUUGUUAACACAGUAAGUUCUGAAAUUGCUGACAGUAUCAUCUACUAUCCUACAGCCCAUGAAGUAUGGGAAGAUUUAUGUGAGCGUUUUUCACAAGGCAUUGCACCUCGCAUAUUUGAAAUUCAGCUAGAUAUCGCUUCACUCAAGCAAGAACAACAAUCAAUUUCAGCAUAUUAUUACACGAAAUUGAAAAGUUUAUGGGAUGAAUUGGCGUCUUAUUCAGAAGCACCACAAGGAACACAAGCAGAUCAACAAAAGCUCAUGUAA